CAGGCGCGUCCACCUGCACGCGCUGCAGCCCGGCCGGCGGGCUCAUGGAGCAGCAGGAGCAGCAGCAGCAGCGGGAGCCCUGAGUGCCGCAGCCGCGCUCCCGCCCCGGCUCCCCGGGCAGGCCUCUCGGCGCCAAGGUCUCCCGUGUUCCUUGCACAGAACUUCCGAGAAGGGACAGAGAGUCGCAGGAGAAAAAGGAAUGCUUCUGAAUGAGCCCAUGGACGUUCCUUACUGAGGCAUGGUUGCUUGAAUUCACAAAAUAAGCUGUUUGAAGAGUUGAAAGCACUGGAAGCAUUUUGAGGAGUGCUGCCAGGAUUACAGACUUUAGCUCUGGAAAAGGAAACAACAGCCUGUAGAGACCCAAAGAAGCAGAACAUUAGAAGGUGCUCUCCCCCGCCCUGCCCCCCUCUCCUGUGCUGCAUUGCAAUUGACAGAUGUGGUAUUUGGAUUUGGGAAUAACAACAGCAGGGAGCAUUUGUCCACCUCCCGUCUCCUGCAUCAGCGACUGGAAACCUUGCCUCUCUCCUCUUUGCUUCUCCAAAGGCGGACUCUGGGAAAGUGAACCCAAGGAGGAGAAGGCCUGCAAAAUCUCAAGGGGAGAAACAGCAAUAUGGGGCUGGAAUGAUUAAAAAGACUGGCCAGCUGCAGCAGAGCAUGGAGUGAACAACUAGAGGUUAAAUUGAUGGAUGACCAACAAGUUAAGGACUGUGCCUCAGAAGACCAAGAAACAAUCCUGAUUAAUGGGGUGAAAGAGGACGAAUCACGUGAUCUGAAUGGCGAUGAAAAGCCUCACCGUGCUGCAGAUGCUGCUGCAGUUCCGUUCCCAGCCCUGACAGCAGCAGCGGCAGCUCAGAAAGAGAGCGGCAGCCCUGUGUGUCAUCGAGCCCAGACAGCCCUGACUUCCAAGAAGCCGUGUUGGCUGAGCCCUCCGUCUCCCCUGAGACUGGCCGAUGUCCCCGAUCACAUUUCUGAUGACUCCUCCUCCGUUCACGCCAUUUCCCUUACGUCGUGUGUUACCAAGGGCAUGAGUGCCUGGUCUCUGCCGGGGGAUUGCGAGAAGGUGCCGUUCACCAUUAUGGAGCCUGGGAGCAUGUCGGCGCUCACUGGUGACUGCUUGAUGCAGCCCAGUCGGACCUGUCUGGGCUGCUUUAUUGAAUCCAAGGACGGCAUUGAUGCAGAGCCGGGAAUAAGCCUGAAAAUGGGUGAUAUAAAUAAGGAUUAUGACACCUGUUCGGUCUCUGAUAUAGGGAUUCAUUGCAUGAGCACAGGAGAAACCAUGAGAUAUGGGGAUCAACUGCUUUCAGACCAGCUUUUAAGCUUCCCUAUGCAUAAAUCGAGGGCAGCAGACAAAAGAGAUGCAGAGAAAUCUGACAGUGAUUCAGAGGACCCCACUCAGAAAAAUUAUUAUGAGGGAUUACUAUUAGACAAGUGCAAUGGGGAGGAACCUUUACUCACAAAUCCUAACCAGGAAUGGGGCUAUUUUGAAUCUUUCAUUAGUGAAAGCAAAAUUGAGCUGCUUGACCUUUGCUCCAAAAAUGAGCUUUCUGUAAAUCUGUUUUCCGAGGAAGAUGUGGAUAAUUACAUGUUCGAUGAUGAUGAUUCAACCUUGGGAAGUGAUGUCUGCUCCUUAAAAAUCCGUUACGAAUCCUUCCAGGACAAUGUGAGGGAGAAGACGGGCACCCUGCAAGAGGACACCCAGUUCAACUUCUUUCCAAGCGUGUUCAGCGGAUGCCCUAAAAGGGAAGGCAGAACAGCCCUGAAAAGGGGGCCAAGAGGACCUGCUGAUCCUUCCCAAUUCAAAUCUGAGGAGAGCAUCAUUUGGGGGGAAGCAGAGGUGGAUGGAGAGGGGAGAGAGGAGGAGGAGGAGGAAGAGGAGGAGGAGGAGGGUGCGAAAGUUGCCUUAAACAAAUCUUGCACCAGUACAGAGGUGGUACAAUACAUUGGUCCCAAAAGAAACCACUUCUUGGAACUUGUGAAUUCCACGGAGGACUCUGGAGAGUUCAGUGAUGACAGCACCUGCACUGAAUCUUCUUUUGAUGUGCUCCAAGAUCUUAAGGACUGCAACAAAUACCUUCCCAGAGACCACUCCAGCUCCAUUCAACAGAAUUAUGGCCUGCGGGCAAAAAGGAAAGUGAGGUACAGCGACGACUAUCUGUACGAUGUGGAUUCCAUUGAGAGUGAGAAGAUUGUAGAUAAGAAGGAAUGGAUCCCAGAUGGACCCAAGGAGGAAGAUGAUGAUGAGUGGUGCCCAAAGAAGAGGCGAAAAGUUUCUCGCAAGGAGACCCCCGUCAUCAUCAAAUAUAUCAUCAUCAACCGAUUUAAAGGGGAGAAGCACAUGCUAGUCAAACUCAGCAAAGUGGAUGCCAGCGAGACAACAGUUACACUAAGUGAGGAACUGUUGAGCAAAUAUGCCAAGCUGGCUCCCUUGAAGGCCUUUUGGCAAGAGAGGUGGCAGAGCCGGCUCAACUUUCUCAAAUCGGCCCUCUACCACAAGCAGAGUUUUUAUCUCAAUGGCUCGGACAUCACCUUCCUCCCUCACCCGCGAAAGCGCAAGUGCAAACUGGCCAAUAGGCACAGGAUCCAGAGAAUUAAAGCCAUUGAGCAGCCCAUGAGCAAGCUGGGCUCUUGCUCCUCCGAUCCAAAGCAGCUCUGCCGCAGGAUUGACGACGACACAGGCCUCAAAGGGAUGCAGGCCUUGGCCAUUGCCACUCCCAGCUGUGCCAAUGGUUUGCAUCUGAAUGACAUCACAAGCCUCGCCUCACCAAAGUGCAAAUUGCAGGACAGGGAAUUCAAGGGGCCCGAGAGGAAAGUUCUGCGCAGGAUCAAAUUCAAAAGCGAAGCCAGGUUGAAAUGCAAGCGAAUCAAAGCCACCUCCAACCUGGCAGAGGCCUCCCCGGCCUUGGAGAAUCAGGAGCCAGCAACUAGUUUAAAGGGUGAAAGUGUUCCUUGUACUGCAGACGGCUCUCGCCUUUCCGAGUGCCUGGAGGACAAGGUUGCUAAAAAUCCUUUCCUACCCACCACCUGCUCUUCAGACAAGCCUCCUCCAUCUGCUAAUAUUGCUGCCAGUGUGCCCCUCAUCCCUGGAGGAUAUUUGCAGACUUUGUUAGAUGCUUCUGAUUUGUCAAGCAACACUGGCAUUGCCUACUUCAGCCCGCAGCCCCCAGAGCAGCAGCAGCAGCCGCCGCCGCCACAGGAUCCUCUCCCCAGCAUCGUUCAAGCAGAUAAAUCCUUCUGUGCUCUGCAGCCUGCCCAGAGCUGUGUUCUGUCCCCACCUUCCGAGUCGGAGCUGCAGCAGUCGCCCAGCCACUUGGAAAUCGAGCCAAGCAACUUCGGCAGCAGUAUGUGGCCAGCCGACAAAUCCACCACCACCAGCAGCCAGGAAUUUGCAAGCGACAUGCGGGAGGCCUCUGCACUGGCAACGGCUGAGUUUGGCAGCUGCCCGGGUGCAGACGGCAUCCCACCCUCUGGAUACAGUCAAGUAAAUCUGAGUAGCAACAAAUUACUAUACCAAAAAAAAUAUGUGCCCGAUAGCCAGCAAUCACCGUCCGAUGACUCCUAUCAGUCGUGCCAUUUUAGUAACAGAGAGGGGCAUUUCCAUUUCCAGAGAGGAACACUAAGUACAGAUGAUGGGAGGCUUGUUAGUUUUGAUUCAGUGGGCUCCUUGUCAGUUAGCUCGAGCAAUUACAGUUCCCUGAGUUUAAAGUCUUGUGAAAAGGAUGGGGAAGACGAUAUUGCGGAUGAUUUCUUGGCUCACUGCAGUCCCAAGCUAGUAAUUCAGCAAAGCAUAGAUGAAAUAACGCCUUUGAAGGAGUCCACAGACCUUUUAGAUAUCUCCAACUUCACACCUGAUAAGUUCCGUCCUUCGUCGCUUUCAGAAAUGUCUCCUCCAGAUACUCCUAACCUUUCCCCGCAGAUGACCGGGUCGGAAACCAAACCAUUGGGAAAUCUGAAAUGUUUCCCUGAUAGCUCUCAAACUGUGCUAAGCAGUCCCGAGAAGGUCAAGUGGAACUGUGGGGUUCUCCAGACCCAAGAUCAGACAGAUAAUGGAUUCACUUUAAAUAAUCAUCAAUUUCAGUUCCAUAUGUUCAACGAUGAGGAUUCUGUCAGCCUCCUUGAAAAAAGCCCAUGCUUGUCAACAUUUAAUGAGCCAUCUGGCCAAAUUAGCACCAAUAGCAAAGUGUCAAAAUCGAAGAGGAAAAGUUCAUCUAAUAAAAAUGUGGGUACAAACCAAAGCCCUCCACAGAAAAACACUCGAAAAAAAUCGCCCAAAGCCAACAAAGGGACUGAGAAGCCACAAGGAAAAAAUUCGAGGCAGUCUCCAAAAUCUACAAGGAAAGGGAAAAAUGCGGCUGGUGUUAAUGGUGAAAAGACAUCAGGCAUUGGGAGUAGGGCCACCGCUUCCUUGAACAAUACGGCCUCAGCAACAAAAGCACUGGUGGAAUCCAUUCAGCACUGCAGCUCAACCUCCAUAAAGGUAGGGAAGCAUAAUGGCCUACCUGGGGAAUGGGCUCUGGGGAAAGACGGCAGUGCAGGCUGGUCCGACACCAGCAUAGGAAAUGCGAACAGCCUGCUUGAUGAUGAUCAAAGGGAAUUUGAAGAGCCGUCCAAUAUUUUAUCAAACAUUGCAUCUGGAAUGGCAGAUGUUCAGAGAUUUAUGAUGGCCUCCAUUGAACCCUUGUGGGGGCCUGUUGGCCAUAACAAUGUCUCUGACAUAUUCCGGUCACCUGAAUCAAACAGCCUGAAACUGAAAACUCUUAAGAUUCUGGCCGGAACGUCACCAGAGUCCAAGAAAAAGGUGAAUAGCAAUUCUUUGGGAACGGGAAAGAGCCACAAACCAGGGAACAAGGGCUUGAGCAGAAGUAGCAGCCGGACAGGCUCCUGCGAUCCUGGACGCCCCAACUGCUCGACCGGGUAUGCCACAGACAUUCACUCUCCUUUUUUUGAUAAAAGCUACAGUAACCUGAGCACUUUAGCCAAAAAUGAGCCUACCCAUAAAAAGCUGUAUCGGCAUAAAUCGACGUCUAAGUCACUGAGGGAUGAGAACUGUAAAGUAAAGCGAACCGACCGCGAACCGGCCCAUAAGGACCCAUCUGUGACAGCUUCAUUUGAAAAACUGAGGUAAUACUGCACCAAACUGGCUGGAAUGCACCCUUAACUUUCCUACUACCUGCUAAGCCCACUCUUCCUCAUUUUUUCCUUCCUGUGAAACCAAGAAUUGCAUGAAAGAGACAUUCCCCUCUUACAGGUCUUUUCUUUUUUGUUGUUGUUGUUGUUCAUGUUUUGUUUUCAAAGUGCAUGAAAAAUGCUUAUUUCUUGCAAGCUACCUAAAAAGAAUGAUCAAUUUUUUUCUGGCUUGGCUGGAGUUAAAUACAAACUAACAAGGCUACUCUUAUUUUUUCUUGCUGUUUCGCAUCUUCGGUUUUUAAUUCCUUUAUUUAUUUUUAAGGGUUAAUUAUGUGCUUUUUUUAAUGGUUUCAAAAAAGGAAAAGACUUUUUUUGAACAUUUUGUAAAAAAUAAAACACAAAAAAGAGGUUAUGCAUCCAAAACAAGCCAAGAUAUCCAAACGAAAAGGGUCUUUAGGUUGCAAAAUGACAGCUCAUCCCCUAGCUGAGCUCCCUGUGGCAGUUUUGCGUGCUCUCUAGCCCCCUCUGCUGUUUAUAUCCUAACCUGCACCAUAAAAGCUUCAUCUACUCUAUCCAAGUUAGAGCUUACCUGACUCCACACAAGCUAACUAAGAUGGCAUAAAAUGUUUGGUUUUUCUGCAGGGAAACAGACUACAUUCUUCUUAAAGCAGAAACAACAUUUUUGGUUUUACCCGUAUUUGAAGAAGAGACACCUUUUUCUAGAAAGACAUUUGAUGCUUGCUUGGGGUUUUUGCCUUUUCCUUUUGAGUGUUUUUUUCCUUUUUCUUCCUCGCUCAAAAAGAAAAAAAAAUUAAUAAUGCCUUGUAAUAUGUUGAAGUGUUAAGUGCUGAAAUCAAAAGUUUGAAAUUGUGGGACUUCUAUUCUUUGAAAGCAAAACUAACAUGGUAUUUUCUUGUGUCUCAAAAGUCAUACUGUGGUACAGUUGCUUAUGCACUAUUAACCCACAACCACUACAAAAGCGUGCCAAACUCUGAACAAGUGUUGUACUGUACAUAUUUUUACAUCUCUAUCAACAAUGGGUUGUGAGUGGGUUUUUCCCCUGGAGCUCUCUUUUGCCUUUUGAUUUACUACUAACAUUCCAGUGAUACGAUUAGCCACCCCUUUUGAAAGCAACUACUAUGGAAAUGAUGUCGAUCGCCUACUACAAUGUACCAAAAGUUUUAUGGACAUGUGUGCCAAAUUGACUUACCUCAUUUCAUGGAUUCUGCCCUGUGGUUUAGAGCUCACGGAGAGAUGGUGGGGAGCGGGGAGUGGCUUUAUAAUGCAAAGGGGGAAAUGCUUGUUGCCCUUUGGAAAACAGUGGUGAAAGAUUAAACUUCGACCUAGGAGAGCGUAGAGUUGUUGGAGGAUUUCAGACAUUAAACAAAAUCACUCAAGGUAAGUUUACUGAAAACUCAAGUGUCUGCAUUUGGUGGGGGGGAGGGAGCAGCUGUUUUUAUACCACCUGUUUCCUUUGAAGCAAAGCCUGUAGCUGAAGAUAAUUUCAAGAGCAAAAUUGUAUGGAUGCUGCUUUGUAUCUCAGUUUUCUAUAUUUUGUAAUAUAACCUGGGAUCAACUCUAAAGGUAGUUAGAAAAUUGGAAACACAUGCAUUUCAUACACUGUAUUGGUAUUUCAUUUUGAGCUGUUUCUUAACCAUGUUUUUGCUUAUCCUGGCAGGAGAGCUCUGAGACCCGAGCUUGGUGGUGGUGUUUUUUAAAAAAUGUUCUAACCUUUGCAAUGACAAUAUUGUUUGAAGGGUUGUUAAAAACAAAACAAACAAAAAAAGCUUUUAAUGCGAUUAUGAAUUUGUAUCUUGACUCCAUACGCCAUACAGAAGCACACUGAAUUCUUGAUCUCUCCAAACGGGGACCCGGUUUGCUUUCCGGACAGCAAAUAUAGACAUGUGCUUUCCCAAGGGAGUAAUACGUGUUGGCUGCUUAAUUAAAUGUCAUUUUCAAAUUUCAAACUUUGCUCCUCAACCCAAGCCUCCCUUAAGAGAAAAAGAAAGCUCCAUUUAUUUUUCUUGAGAGCCUCUGCGUUUUGCUGCUGAUUUAUUGUGAAAACUUGAUAUGCAAGAGGCUUGACAGCUGGUUGACUUCCUGGAUGCCAAGGCAGAUAAGAGUAGGACUUGCUGCAAUAGCGGAUCGUAAUAAUAUGGAUGAGCAAUUUGAUGGAGGAACUGCUUUCUCUCCAUUGUAAAGCACUGAGGUUUCCAGAGACCUGCACUUGUCUCAACUAAACCGUUUCAUAGGUUUCAGUGGGAUGUGGUCAUGGCUGUCUUUUUCCAGAUGGUUCCCCUUGGGGUUGUACACACACACAUUUUACUAUUUUUCCUUCAGGCGGAUAAUUUUCUGCUUAGUUAGUAAUGGAGCAGACCAUGGGUGAAUUAAAACUUCAGAUUAGACGUUUGGCUUGGCCCUCCUGAAACUAGACAUUGGAGUUGCUUGGAUCUUUGUUAAGCCCCUUUUUUCUGCGUUGGGGAACAAAUGCUGACACUUGAACCACGAGGCUGCUUUGUAGUGACACUGAAAGCAAUACACAGCUGAUCUGCAUCCCAAAAGUGGGGGUGGCAAGUUGUCUUUGAAAUGCUGACUCCAGGCCCGGCUUCAUGCUGCUUGCUGGUCUAGUUCCAGUCGCACAGGAAUUGUGCACAGGAAGCCUAAACUGGGGUUGCCAUGAGGGACCAUAGGCAAGGCCUGUGCUUCAUGCUGGGCAGGGAGAGGUCUGUGAUGAAAGAUGGGUCGAUAAGAGGCACAGGCAGUUAGCCCCACUUAGCUGAAACUAGGCUGUUGGUCACCAUGGCCUGCUGGGGACUCAGUAGCCUGGGCCAAGUCCUUCUUAGGAGGUGGAGGGGGGAGGCAGGGUUCCACAACCAGCCGCUUGCGCCAACCCACUCUGAAGGAGAACACACUCCCCACCCCUUUGGAAAAGCCUGGCUGUUUGUGGGACACUGCCAGUGGUCUAUAGAAGCUGGGGUCAAGUGAACAGUGUUGUAGGGUUCUCCCAGAUGGGUCCCCAGAUGCUGGUGGACUACAACUCCCAUCACCCCCAGCCACAAUGGUAACUGGUGGUUCUCUCUGUUUGAGCCUUGGCUUGCCACCUUGGGAUACUAUGAUAGCAUCUUACUCCCCGCUCCACCCACCGUUCCUUUGCUUUUCCGACCCUCUGAUGUGCACGGCCGGUCCCUGUUCAAUCCACUCCGCAGAGGCUCCCCUCCCUCCGUCCCUCCCUGUGGUUGUGCUUUUUCCGCCACUGUCGUACAAACGGGAGAGCCCCAUAGUAGCUGAGGCUGUUCCUGACCAGACUGUUCCCUCUGGUCUCUAUGGGGCUGAUGCCAGAUACAGCACCGUGCCUAGCACUCUUGCCUUUUUUCACAGCACAGGCAACCCCAGACUCUUUCAAAGAAUGGGUUUCCUUGGGCAAGGUGGCUGGUCAUUCGAACGCUUUGGCAUGUUGUAAGCCCAAGGCGAGGUGGGGCCUCAGCCGCACAUACUUGAAAAUAUAUGACUGACCCAGACCGUGUUGAGACCCCUCCCCCAUCCACCCCUGGAUGUGCCUGGAAUAUGUUCAGUGUCCCAAUGGUCGAGCCGUUUGCCUGCCCCCCCGCCCCCAAACACCCUCCAUUGUGGCUCACCCCUGGCUGUUGUCUUGACACAGUGCUCAACUGGGGGCUGGACGUUGGGUCACCAGAUGUUGUUGGACUACAACUCCCAGCAGGGGCUUGAGCCACAGGGGAUGAGGGGAACUGUAGUCCAAAAGCACCUGGAGACCCAAGCUUGACAACCCUGGCAGCUGGCAGCUGUCACCAUGUGGUAAGCUACUUGUAAGCUACAGCACUUCACCACUGCAAAGGAGAGGCAACCUCCUGCAUAGUGUGUGACUCAACAACUCUGGGCUACGUCAUCUUGCAAGCUGGGUGGUGCGUUCUGUAUUUAUCGAUUUGUUUGAGAAAGAAACGCGCCCCGCCCCGGUCCCAUGAACAGAUGUGGUUUUCAUGCUCUGCUUCUGAUUUGGCAUCCUGAGAGGUAAGGGGUGGAAGGCUUCCCUGACAAUUCUGGAUGCUCAUUUGCUGCUCCUGUGGAGCCAGAGAAGGCCUAGCUUCUGAAGAGGGCGGCUUCCUUCCUGUUGAACCUGAACUGGCAUUGAUUUGACAGCACCUUUCUAUAAACCUGUAUUAUGGUCCAUAUGCUCAACAUAAUGACGCUACCACUUAAGAUAUGUACUGUAACAUGCAGCAAUAGUGAACUGUCUUUCUUAAAUGUGCAAUAGGACAUGCAUACAGGACAUAAAAAUAUGCUGACUCUAUUUUACUGCAUUUCAUACAGCCCCCCCCCCCCCCGGUUUCAGUUCAGUGUAGAUGCUGCUGCUUGCAAAUACUUUGCGUCUCAUGCUUCUGUCUGCUGCUUUAUUUUUCUCCGCCUUUUAUGGCGCCUUAUAGCUGACCCUAUUAAAACUGGAAGUUGCUCAAAAUCAAAACCAGAUUCUGUCCCAGCCCCAGUUAUGCUGCUUGACCUUCAACACACACACACUUUCUCUCUCUCUCUCUCCUUGGAAACCCUCUAGAAUUAACGUUUCCUUCCCCACACCCUCUUGCAGUGUGCUUCCCUUAUUGCUACCUCAAUAGAACAUUGUCAUAAGCACCUUUUUCUUGCUCCUGCAUUUGCCAAAAACCUCAUUUCCAGCUUCUCCUUCACUUGUCUUGAUUUGACACUUCCUUGUUCAUUGUUUUACUCCCUCCGAGUUAUAGGGCUUCUAGAACACUGCAGCUAGGUGGCUGUCCUUAUUUCAUACACAGCCCUCCCCACUUCUUCCUUCUGAAGGGUGUCGUGGCUUCACUGUGCCCAUCCUCUGGUUAACACACACACAUUACCCCACUCCUGCCUGCACUCUCACCAGCUUCUCUGAUCUUCAUGCCCCCCCAUCUGCUCCCCCCCGCCCCGCUUUUGCAGCUGUCUGCAGUGCCUAGGUUUCCACUUUAUCUUGUUUUACUCUUGCUCUUAAAACGUACAUGACAUCUUGGACAAAGGAUGAAACAUGAAUUGUGCAGUGUUCUUAUUUAAUCAUGAGAUAAUACUGGUGAGGCUACACAAGGAUUAAGGGACUGACAACCUCUUAAAGCAUGUGGUGUGAACCACAGUAACGUUGAUUAAGGUUCUGAGCAGAGAGACAAACGAACAAAAUGGUGAGCCAGGUUCAUCGUCAAGAGGCAACCUUUUUGCUUGCUGGAAGUUCAAAUUUCCCAGAUUCCAACUCAAUCUACUGUUGGCCACAAACAAAGAUAUGAGGCUUUAAUCCCGUGCCUUGUUAAAACAUGCACAUCUGGAUUGGGGAGUCCUUGCAUUAGGGCUGGAGAUAAAGUUCAAAAAUGCUGGCAGUGGUUUGAGAGCGGCAUUGUUCCCAUAGUAUACAGGGCCAGCUGUUUUUGUGCCACUGCCAUCUCUGUCAAAUAUACACUUUGUAGGUUUUUGUUACUUCUUUUAAAAACUGGCAAACGCUUUUUAUCAGAGGCAAAAGUGGCAUGAGCACCUGCAACUCAAUCAGCGAUCUUUCUUUCAGAUUGACUCCAGCCUCCAAAUGUGAGAAUCAGUACCACUUCUUAAGAUACUGGCUGAUAUCCAGACUACUAUGCUGGUGAAGGAAAACUUUCUGUCACACAAAAGCAGGGGAGGCAAUUUUUGCUGAUCCACUUUCUCCGUUCUGCAUUCCCAAAAAAAUUUCCCGGAGGGUCCACAGCCUCAAGAGGCAGAUUUUCAGGAGGCAUAGAUGGCUGCAGAGGAAAUGGAGGAUUGGCAAAAAAGAGUCCAACCCCAUUCAUGCAAUGGGAAACAUUCUUCCAUCAGCACAAUGUUGUUCUGGAUGUUGGCCAUUUCUUGUACUUGGAUUCUGAUACCCGAGAAUAAAAUGGAUGGAACAUCUCAAUUACGUAGGUUGCUGUGUGUGUAAAUCAUACCUUUGCCCUUCCAAAUACUUGCAAGUGGGGCCCCAAUCCUUUCCUGGUUGCCACUUGUAUUUUGAAGGGGAAAGCUGUGAAUCUGUACACACUUGGACCCUUUGUAACUGGUGCUUCUGAUGUAUUUGUUCUCUGGCAUUAGAAUUGGUACCCAGAAUUGCCACUGCGAGAUGUGCUUCUCACUCAUUCCAUGACAACACCUCAAGUUUGUUACCUCCCAUAGUUUAUUAAGAUAAGAGGGUUUAUUAUAGCAUUUUAACACAUUAGCACAUAGUAUGACAACUGCAGUUACUGUGGGAAUAAGCAAGACUGUGAGCGCAAGCGCCAAAGCCCUAGAAGGCAGUCUGCAGCAGGCUGCCUGACACGACAGGCUGGAGAAAGGCCUGGUGCUGUGAGACGAGGUGGCAGAAUGGACUCUACCACUUCAGGCAGUCAGUGGUGGGGAAUACAAAUUUUGAAUGCUUGCUAGAUAAAAUAAACUCUGCAAGAAGAAACUACCUCGUCAAAGUCUCAGAUUUCGCACAGGCCUCUCCCUGCGGGCCUAGUUUUCUACCUGGAAAGGCGUUCUUGGCUUGGAGGAGCAUUCAAAGAGUGCUACCUCACUUGCAGUCUGAAGCAGCAGCAGCAGCAGCAGCUCUGUGGCAUGUAUGGCUCCAGCCAAAGAAAAUAGUUCGGAGGAGCUGAACAUGGCUUGAGAGGGACCACUUUUCCCAUGGUGCAUAUGCAUUCUUUUAUCCCAUAGUCACUUCUGCUCAAAUGAGAAACAAAAUAAAAUCUGUUUACCAGAGGUGAAAGUGGAAUUAAUAUUUACAACAUGAGCCACAAUCCCUCUUGCAAACCUUCAACCCUCUAAAAGCAAGCGGGGGGGGGGUAUGUCUCAGGGUGGCCAACCAGAGUCUUUUCAGCUGUUGCUGGACUGCAACUCCCAUCAUCCUCAGCCACCAUAAACUGUGGCAGGGAAUGAGGGGAGUUUUAGUCCAACCACAGCUGGGGAGUCUCUGGCUGGCCACCGGUCCUCUGUCAUGUCUCCUGCCUGCGUUCGGUCUCUUCCACUUCCCCUCCCCAGUUUUUGUUGCUUCAGUGGCACUAAAGGACACACGGUUGUGCUUCGCCUGAGCCAUGCCCCUGAAGUCAGUGUGCACAUGUAGAAGGAAUCUGCUUUACAGCCCUUAGACCAGGGCUGCUCCACUUAGGCCCUCCUGCAGAUGUUGGCCUACAACUUCCAUAAUCCCUGGCUAUUGGCCACUGUGGCUGGGGGUUAUGGGUGUUGUAGUCCAAAACCAGCUGGGGGCCCCAAGUUGAGCAGGCCUGCCUUAGACUAUGUCUGAUUGUAUCGUGCAAAGCUUUGCAUUCUCCACUCCCACAUGAUUUGGUUCCUCCCAAAGGUCUCUGGGGAGAUGGUGUGGCAUCAGUCUCCAUAGCAUCUGUUUGAGAAUGAGCUGUUUUAGUAAGAGAGAGAAAAUGAAAAUAAAUAAAUAAAUAUGCCAACAGAGAGAAUUUAGAAGGCGUAUGGUACCUUUGGUUGAAGCAAGGUUUUUCCAGUCUGUUUCUCAGGUAAAUAAGUGACGCUAGCGACAGUGGAGUGACAGUCUUGGGGGCAGCUGGCCCAUUAGAUCUAAAGCAAAGAGAAGAAUGCUCAGGAUAACUGGGUUGCUGGACAAGUUUACUGAGCCCUUGCCCACUGGGUGGAAAGCAAGCAAGAAGUCGCCUUUUUAGUUCUCACUCCCCUUCUAGAGAUAGAAAAACGGACACUUCAAAAGCACAAGGGGGGAAUAUUGAAACUGUGAGAUAGGUAAGAAGAGUCCCAGUUCAAUUCCUUUUUGUCUUUUCCUCCCAGUAGGAAGCAGGGUAGACGCUUUGUUCCACUGCCUGCAGCCCUCGCUGUGGGCACUUUAACUGCUGCCUACAGAGACUUGAAUGUACUGCUCCUUAAGUUAACUUCCCUUGAAUCAGAGGCACCUCUUUAUUAAGUUGCGACUGUUUUAUGGUGCUACAGAAAACUUCUAUUCCCCUUGAGCGUUAAAGAAAUCCUAUAUGGCCCUUUAAAUGAAUGUAACAUAUCCAUUUCUGUUUAACAGAGUACAUUGCAAUCUUAACAUGUUUGGGGAUAAUUUGCCUUUUUUUCCCUUCCUUUUAGAACAAGCUUUAUAAAUAUUCUGUAGAGUCAAUUGAAGUAUAAUUCUUAAGGAUCACUCUAAGACGCCUACAAAAUCUUGUAUAUUUUUAAGUGUGCCAAUUUGUAAAAUAUUUUGUAAGUGUAUAUUUUUCUUAGAAAAGUGCUGUGAAGUGUUUGUAUGUGUGAGGUUUUCCCUUUUUGGCACCCAACCAGGUGCUAAUAAAAGGAUGUAUACUUAAAGGUUUCUGGUUUUAAAAACCAAAAUACAAAGAAAAAAAAUUUAAACUUUUGUUGGGAAUUUUGUAAUAAAAAGAAAUGUUGUGAAAGAGUGUAGUGAUACUUGUGUAAAGGAAACUGGAAAAAUUUGUGAGCGCUUUGCUGUUUUAUAGAUCCUCUUGUAAAUUAUUCUUGUAAUAUUUUUGGUUUUGUUGUUCUUGUUGCAAAGGUUUUAAAUAUUUGUGACUGACUCUGUACGGUGAAUACGUCAUAUUGUUAACUUGCUGAGUUUUGUUAUAUUGUUUAUGGAAUAAAUAAAAAUAAAAAUCUCAUUUUAAGAUGAUGUAUGCAAAGAAAUUAAACUCCCAUUUAUUAUCA